AUGUUUGAGAGUAGUGAAGACGAACGCGAUUUUGAUGGGUUUUUAAUCGACGAAACAGUUGAAGAAACACAGCCUAUCGCAGCAGGAACUUCGGCGGUUACAUGGCGAGACAUAGCGGGCGACUCGGACAAGGAGGAAGAAGAUUUUGACAGUUUUUCGGACCAGGGAUUGAAAGUCGGUUGGAAAGCUCAGUUGGCAGAACAUUGGGCUAGUAUUCCAAAUGUUGUAGGUUCGAUUCCCAUUGUGGCCAGGGAUAUUUUUCAAGUUUGCCUGGUGUGGAUAGACACUCAGAGUAACAUCACAAACAUAUUCACCUUAGUACAUAACACCAACACAGAAAAAAAUCAAGAUCCUUCAUAACUCAUAACUGUGGUCAUAACUUAUAACUGUGGUAUAUAGAGGUGUGCGUCGGAUCGGAUUGACCUCUCUCAAUCCGAUGGUUUGUCUAAGUUUUCAAUCCGAAUCCGAUCCGAAGAUGAAAAAAGUAAUCCGAUCCGAAACAAUGUUUAUAAAAUCCGAUCCGAUGCUAAAAUUCGUAAUCCGAUCCGAUCCGAACUUAAGUUGUGUACGCUGUACAGCGUGCGUUAAUUAUUAUGAACGUAUUUUUUCAUGAUCAUAAACGAUAUAUUGGAAAUAAUGAAUCUCUAGCAAAAAUAAGCAGAUACGAAUCCGAUAAAAAUUGCAGGGCGAUAUCACAUAAUUAUGCCUUAUAGCGUUCACAUUUACAGUGCACAGUAACAGCAGUUUAUAUUUUAUUAGAAUUAGCAUAGGAAAAAAACCCAACUAGUCAAAAAUGUUUUAUUCAGUAUAAUAAAUCAUGAGCUUGAGCUAGGUUUACAUUUUAAAACAUCUUAAAGUUUAUCACUAAUAAACCUCAUUGUCAGGCUUCAUGAUACAUAAACCUAACAAACCAAACAAAAAAACACAACAUUCCUAAAUUUCCUAUAUAUCCAAUUCCCGUACGUAACUGAGAAAUAUACGUCCAAAAUCCAAAUAACUCAAAACUCUUUUUAGAAAUAUAUGUCACAAGAACUCAAAACACUUUUAUACCAGGUGUUCCAAAAAAAAACUGGACACUGUUUGAUUUCAUACAACGUAAAAUCAUACGUAAAAUCAUACGCAUUUUCAUAAUUUACAAUUUCAAUAACGUAAAAUCAUACGCAAUAUCAUAUCAAACAGUGUCCAGUUUUUUUUGGGACACCCGGUACUUUAUUGUCAGCACUCGGCAUAAUAUAGUAGCUAUUACUCCGCUGAGUCCGCUUCGACCAAAUUGGUCUGCUCAUUUGGCUCCAAAGCCUUCCAGGCACUUCCUGCCAUAUAGCUUUGGAUGCACAGCAAGGCGUUUAGAUUACGUGGAGCUAGACGCGUACGCCUAACGUUGAUUGUCCACCCCGCUUGCGAGAAACUUCUCUCUGAUACAAGAAAAAAUAAUAUAAAAUACGUGAUACAAGAAAAAUCAAAUCUGAACCGAUCCGACAAAAACCCUGCAAAAUCCGAUCCGACAGAAACAAAACGAAAUCCGAUCCGAGUAAUUUACUGUCCGAAUCCGAUCGGAUUCGGAUCGGAUUCGCACACCUCUAGUGGUAUAUAUCAGACAACUAUUGUGAUGUACAAGCGUACGAAAACCAGCCUAAAGCCCAUUAUUACUAAAGUACAAAUAAUACAAUAAUUAUGCAUUUGUUUUGUUAUUUUUGUAAUUGAACAUUACAAAUAUUACAGAAAAUUUCUAGCCUUCGACCCAGGUUCCCAGAAAGAAAAAAAAUUUUUCUACCCCUGUUUCGGACAUCGAAGUUCAAGAACUCGACAGCGACAGUGUGUGCGAAAGUGGAAGCGAGAUAAGUAGCGAUGGUUUCGAUGAUAUUUUUGAAUGGAAAGAUAAUAUAAGUAGUGUUAGUGUUCAAGACUUUACUGCCGAUUUUGGUCUUCGACAUGGGUUGGGUUUAGAUGCCUCCCCUAAGGACUUUUUCGACUUGUUUUUCGGCGAUCAGUUUUUUUAUCAUAUUGUGCAUGCUACAAUUUCGAAUGUGCAUUUUUAAAUCACAAUGAUCAAAAUUUUACAACUGACCGCAAUGAAAUGUCUGCAUUUUUUGGCCUCAACAUUUUGAUGGGAAUAAACCAACUACCAAAAAUCUCACUUUAUUGGGAUUCAGAUUUGUUUUCAGGAAAUACCGGCUUCAAAAUUACAAUUCCUUUGAGACGUUUUUGGAUUUUAAAUAGGUAUUUUCAUAUUUCGAACCCGUGGCAAGAAAACAAGACGGAUAAACUUGCAAAAAUUCGGCCCCGUAUUUCAAAGCUCGAAAACGCUUUUGAAAAUGUUUAUGUGCCUGGAAAAAAUAUUUCGAUUGAUGAAGGUUUGAUUAAAUUUAAUGGUCGUUUAUCUUUCAAGCAAUAUAUGCCAAAAAAAACGAACAAAUUUGGUAUUAAAGUUUGGAUGUUAGCCGAUUCUGAAACUUAA